GCACAUCGUGGGUCAGCUUUUGUGACGUUAAUUACAUGCGCCUCCAGUUCGACUAACAACAAACCAUUUGCCAAACGUGUACUUUACGCUUUAGUUUUUAUUACUCUGUUAGUGUUAGUUUAAAAUCUAUAGAUAUGUCCGGAAAGGCUAAAGACAUCCUAAAGAUGGACCUGUAUGGUUUACUCGACAUUGAUAGCACCGCCACAACAACAGAGGUGAGUGAAUUGUCUGACGUUAGCUUCAAGCUAAACCAUUACUUCUCAAUAAAACGCAUACACAAAGCACAUUUUGUUAAUUAAAGGCUAGAAUUAGGAUUUAUUCUUUAAAGGAAGGCUGGCUGAGUUUGAUAGAGAUACUUAAUUGGGUUGUUUUUGCAAAUAGGGCUACUUUUGUGUGUGUUUGGAAGCUAACUAUCAUAAAUUUCGCCUGCACGCUGUGUUUUUGCGUGGAUGUGUGACACAUUAUUGAAAAACAUCUUAAGUGAAGCUGUUAAAAAAAUUCUAGAUGGAUGAAACAAAAUCUGAUAAUUUUUUGCAUUAAUGAUGGCCAGGCAUGGAGAUGCACUUCUGUCAUAUGUCCACACGGUGAUGAUGUUGCACUACUCUGUGUGGGUCUCAAAGUUUUACUGAAACGGCUGCAGACAGUGUGAGUGUUUGUUCUAGUGUCUGAAAAGGAAAUGAAUCUGCCAUUUCUGUCCAGAUAAUCGAUCAAUCAUGAAAGUCACAGUUUUAAAAAUGAUAACAUUUUAUAAGUUUUGUUUGGUCCUAGACAAAAAAAAGAGAGGAAAUCAUCACGUCAACUCAGUUUAACUCACCAUUUCAAAUAAACACAAGAUCAAGACACCUUCCUCCCACACACUGAUAAUGUCCCCUUGUCUGAAUAUGUAUGCCCCACUAAUAAAGCACAAAGCAUACCACACUCCCAAAAGCACCUGUAUGGUGGUAAUGUGACUGUAUAAACAGUCAUUUUACCAUCUACCCUACCAUUUGGUCCCCAAUGGCUCUGACACCCUGACUGUGAAGCUGAAUGGGCCUUAAAUGCCAGCACAUCAACAAGGUUAUCAAGGAGACACUUGUCAUUGUUAUUUCUUUAAGUAAGGCUCACAACACCAGAGAGCCGAGGAAGGCUCUGGGGUCUUAACCCUCCUCCUGUGUUAGGGUCAGCACCGACUUGUUUUUGAUUUCAAAUGCUUAAAAGAACCACUUCAAUUAGCUUUUUUGCAUCAAGACUUUUUGACUUUGUCAGGAACCUCUAUUUCAACGAAAUAAAAAUAAAAAAUAGAAAAUUGACCAAAUUAUAAAAUGCUCAUAUUAAGAUUAUGGCACUUGUCGUGUUAGGGUCACUGUUGACCCGGUUAGAUCAAUAUCUAAUAAUUAGAGCAAAAACCAAAAUCAUAAAUGCACUGUCAGGCACCACACUGACAGUCAGAUCCUCUCCCAAUCAUGUGAGAUUUAGGAAAUUUUACCAAGUUUUUUCCUGCACACACACACACACACACACACACACACACACACACACACACACACACACACACACACACACACAAAAUUUCAGGCAUGUCCAGACAUGUGAGAUCAAUUCAGUAGAUGUCUGUGUGAGGGGUAUACUGACAAAAAAAGGCCCAGAGGCCCACUACAAAAAAUAUUACAAACAAUAUUUUCAUGGAUAAUGAAGCCUAUCAAGAUAUCCUAGAGAUGAGAACGAAAUUGGAUGAUAAAGAAUUGUUUUUAGUGUAAUUUACAGCUAAUUUAAGACACGGGUCAAAACCGACCCUUAACAUGGUGUUGAGAUAAAAGAGGGUAGGAAACUAUAACUCACCCCUGCCUGAAUACAUUAAGGCACAAAGUUUAACAAAGAUGAUAAUGGAAGAGCUAGAAAUGUGCGUGAGAGUAAGACAGUUCUUUAAAUGCAUUAAUAUCAAUUGACAAAUUAUUUUAUGCCCAGUUUAAGCCAGAGAGUAUGACUAUGGGAUAAAUUUCUUGAUUUGAUUCUGCCAACUCAGUGUGAUCUUAAAUUAGAUCGAUGCAAAUACAACUGAUUGCUUACUGUGAGGAGUUGUAAUGUCUACCACAUGCUAAAGAUAGUCUACCAGCUAAUCGUUGAAUUUAUCUUUAUCCCUUUCCGUGUUGUUAAAUAAAUGAAAGACAUUCUGUGCUUUCAUGAAUUUCCAAAUCAGCUCUGGGAAAGUUGCCCUUACUCUCUUCUUCUUUUCCCAGCCAUAAGCACUUAAACAUGAUGUCCUGCGUCCAACCUUUCCCUGUGACCACCUCUCAGGAAAAAAAAGUUUAAAAAUUUCCAGCAUCUAGACUCCACAGGCCUGAUGAUGGGGAAUAGAGUUGUAGCCAAAAUGAGGGAAGAAGUUAAUUUCUUAAUUGGAUUUCAAAGUCCUGUCCUCCCCAGACGAUUAUCCUGGAGGAAGUUAGCGGUUGUGGCUUUGGUGGAAUCAAGAGCCCAUGAUGCAGACGGCUGGUUCUGUGAGGUCUGCUGAUGGUCGAAAUGAUAGCGAGGGUUUGCGUGUGAGUGUGUGGAUAGUGCACUGAGUCUGGAGAAUCUAAAAGUCAAUCAAGUGUGCGUUAGAUAGGCUACUUAUCCCAAUUGUACCGACCACUACUCCUCCACCACUAUCAGACAUGUUGUUUAUCACAUAGAAAAGGAGAGAGAGCGGCUCAUCCCAGACCAUGUUUAUGUGGGCUUAGCUUCGGCUUGUAAAACAUAGCUUUGACGCAGGAGGAUUUGCAUUCUGCAUCUCCUUCUGGUCCCGUUUAGCAACUCAUCGUUUUAUCACUGUUUUUGACCAUUUUUGGAGCUUGGCUGGCUGACAGGUUCUUGAAAUACUGACAUGUUGGAGUCUAUGAUUUCGUGACUGAAUUCAAGCUAAAGGCAAACCUCAGUUUAAAAAGAUGUGCGCAUUGAUAUCAGCAGGACUUGGGCAAUAAUUACGUCAUUUUUUUUUACCUACCACAGGUUUGUUAGUGAAGUACACAACAGCCCAGACCACACAAAUGUUCUUGUGGUUUAUUCAGCUAAUUAGAUUUACGUGCAUCUAAUGUGUAGCAGUGUAUUUCCUCCCACACAGAACAGCCAAGCACAGGUGAUUCCAUUACACUAUAACAAUAAAUUUUAAACUCAAAGCUCAUCACUUUAAAUGUGGUUAAAACCUGAUGAAGACAUUGUUUAACCAGCUUGGAAACUUUCAUUUGGUAGAAUUAAUUAAAAUGAUGACACUGAUGAUCAUAUCAUCCCAUUGCCGCCCUGCUGAAAGUAAUAUUAGGACUGUUUAGAAUAGAAUAGAAUAGAAUAUUCCUUUAUUGAUCCCCCAUGGGGGAAAUUUUUUUGUCACAGCAGCAUCACAGACAAGACAAAAAGUGCAAAAAUGCAGUUAUAACAAUAAGGGUCCUAAUAUUAAGAACUUAAAUAAAUGUAAUAAUUAAGAAAAAAAUUAGAAAAGGGAGAAGAAAAAAUAAAGCUUUCUACAAUAUACACACAAAAUCGAAAUUUAAUCGAAAUAAUUGGGCAAAAUGAGCUGUGGUUACAUUUAGGAGCACACACACUCACAUAAAAAGUCAGCUCAAGUGUCUCGCCGCGUCCCUUCCUCAUACUUUCAACUACUUCUUUCUUGUAGAUUCAUGUCCUCUCUGCGUCUGUCCUUCUGUCCAUCUGUCUCUGUCGUGCCUGUGAUUAUUUUCCUCUUGCUGAUAAUGCCCCGUAAAUAGCAGAGCAUUGUAAUUAAGGAGGAUGGGCCCAUGGCAGAUCAGGCAGCUAAUCAGCUACACAGGGCAAGGGGCCCAUCGGGGCUGUGCUGCGUUUACACCAGGACCAGUUUUGUCAACUAUAAUUGGCACCAAAGACUGCGGUAAUGAAGACAAGAUGUGAGCAUGCAGUUAAAUCUGUGGCAGGCUGGGAUCAGGGAGGCACACAGUCUGUUUUUACCAGGCACUAACCAUUGGGCUACUGUUGGCCUGCUGCUGCAAGAUGGGGGUUUUUCCUUGAUUUCAUGGAGUGUGGAGAGAUUUCUGCUGUUCAUUUUGUCUCAUGUACAAGACAAGGAAAAGAGGCAAGUUUUCUUUUAGAUGAAUCUGAAGUGCAAAUGAUAAAAAGUAUUCAUCUGGCCCAAGAAUAAUACAGCAAUUGGUUUUGGCUCGGGAGUUCUUAUAAUUGAUACAAGAGCCGACCCUAAAAGCUCUUGGUGAACUGAAAAAAGUUCACUGCACAGUAAUUGACUGAAUUAGUCCUGUAAGGAGAUGCCACUCGAUCUGAGAGCUCUCAUCCACACAUGUGCUAACCUUUUUAAAAGUUGGCCUGCUGUGACUUCGAGUUUGUGAGACCAAAGGGCUUCAGGGUCUUCCAGCAUCAAUUAAGGCUUGCGUGUUAGGGCAUUGAUGGGAGUAAUCAUGUAUUAUUUAACAGAACAGCACUGGAGGCGCAGGAGAGACAAGAUAUCGUGAAGAAGGAUGCAAGUGGAAGUUAAAAGGAAAAGAAAGAGGAGGAGGAGGAGGAAGAGAUGGAGGAGGAAAAAAAACGAGAGAGAAAGUUGGAUAAUGAAAUGAACUGCAGAGAAUUUAGUGUGCUUACUUUGUCUCUCACUUAACUUAGUGAAAAAAUGAUGAUGACGUGCAACAUGCUUGCUCCACCAGAGGACAGGUUGUACUCAUCCAUCAGCCGAACGGGCUCGAGACAUUUUUGUCCUAACAUUGUCAAACAUCUGCUGUGUUUCCAUACAGAUGUGGAGACGUGUUUAUCUUGUCAGCAGACUAAAUGAUGAAAACAUGAAGAGAAGGAUAAGUGUGAACUGAGGACAGCCUGAGCUCUUAAAGGACCAUUAGAAGAGUUUCUUUAUAUUUGAUCAAAACUGAAGUAUGGUUGUAUUUUGUUUUAUUUAUUUUUUUAUCAGAGCUAGGCAAGGCGAGUUUAUUUGUAUCACACCGUUCAUACACAAGGCAAUUUAAAGUGCUUUACAGAUACAAGGAAAUGCAUUAAAGAUUAAAAAAGAGAGAUUAAAACAAUUUAAAAUCAGUAAAAUAUUCAAAUACAAUUUAAAGUUAUUAAAAUAGUUGAAAUCGACAGCUCAAAGAUAAAUAAACAUGAACAGUUGUCAUAGCUCACCACUGUCAAAAUUUAAAGACAGCUUGAUUUCAACCUUUUCUCCAGUGCUGUCAUGUGACAUUUUAGCAUCCAGAUGUCCUAAAAUUUACCUUUCUUUACAGUUCAUGACCCCCGUGCUUUAAAAAAAAAAAAAAAAACUGUUGGCCCGCCGCUGCUGCAUUAUGGUGGCCUGUGCUCAGAUGAAUAUAAAGAUUCCCUGAACUUGAUCUUGAGUCGAUACUCCCUUUGCUUGUACCUCACCAGAAGCCUCUGACAAGAAUUUGACAAAUUUAGGAUAGCAAAAAGAGGGAAGAGAAAAGGGAAAAACAGACAGAGGGAAGGUUAAAAAUGGGAAGAAGGCUUAGGCCAACAGCAAGCAUAUGUGCUUGGCGGCAGUCCACCGCCCUGUGUGUCAGUCUCGAUCUGUAGGAAGACUCAGUGCGCCAAGCAGCCAGACUAAAUAUCUCUUAAUGAAGUCUAGUCUCCCGAAGCCUGCUCAUUGAACCACCCUCUCAUUUACUAUUGAAGCUAUAAUGAGAAAAAAAUCUGACAUCAACCAAGAGAUAGCAGGAAGGACUUGUGACAGUUAGUAGCUGUCUGAGCCAUGAUAAUCUCCAGAGGACUCAUGGUGGUUUCUUUCAUAUAAUUAUGUGGAGGCCUAGUUCUUCUAACCCGGACAAUGGGCACUCAGCCCGAUCUGUCUAACUUGACUGUUACGGACACUUAUUGGAGCUGCUGUUCAAAAAUACUUGGACACUGAUGGAUUACACCCCUUCGCUGAGUUCCCUCAGAGUUGUGUUUUGUUUUUCUCCCCCCGUAAAGUCAGCUUUGUAUGUUUUGGCGUGCUUUAUUAAGAUAAAAUUGUGCAAAACAACACACAGGGAAAUGUGAAUGCCAGAGGACAAGGCGUCCAAUGCAAACGUUUCCCAGACAUGAAGAAAGGAGCUCCCAAUUUCUGUGGCCCAUAGCAUACUGGCGGGGGGAUUGAUUUGUGUUGGGGGGGGGUAUGUGGAAACAUGCAGCACAUUGGCACGGCUGAUUAAGGCUGGUGAGAAAGAGUAUGUCGGUAUGUGUGUUUUCGUCUCAGCCUGGAUGUAUGGGGGAUUUAUGUGCCAAAUUCUUAGCAUGCAAUGCAUAUAUAUGAGCGUGUGUGUGAAGCAGACAGUUCCAGCGCUGCACUCUACAGCCCCCUCUGGUCUCCACGGAAAGUUUUUUUCUCUGCUUUUCUCUAGAGGAGCACAGAUCUAAUGAAAACCACCUUGUCAUUAACUGGUCCCUUGAAGGACCAAUGAAUGGCUAACAUUCCAGGCAGUGACCUGGAGUUAAAAAAUCAGCUAUAACUAAAACCUCAUCUGACAUUACAAUUCUCUGAAGUAUUGUUUGGUUUCUCCACUUCAGUUCUCUAACCUCCCCUCAACAAAAAAAAAAAAAGCUCUGGCUACCAGCCUAAAAUAUUAAUGGCAGCCUUCUCAGAUUUGUUACAGACAAUGGCACUCUGUUUGUGUAUGUUAUUGUAACUUUUUUUAUUUUUAUUAGUUUGAAUAAAGAUAGACUUAAACUGGGCUGCGACUCAGGCCACAUUUAUCUUGCAAACUGGCAGCGGGCCCAGCGAGAAGGGUUUUGAAUUCUUGCGUGGGUAAUUCUCUGCACGGUGUGGUUAGAUUCCAUUAACAACAUGUCAAAAGAACACAAAGCAGAGGAUCAGCUCAGGUGUUGAUUUCAUCCAAACGCUUCAAUUCCUGAUUCUUAUUUAAAUGCACACCACAUUUCAGACCCACUGCUUUCAUGUCAGACUGUUACCAUUAGUGCCAUUAUCUCAAUGAGACCAUCAUUUGUUACUCAGACUUUGGCUUUCUGGGCCAAGGACGGUGGAUUAAAGAUGGUCAGCAGCACUGAGAGUAAGAAUUUAACCUUCACAUGGACAGAAUCUUCCUGAAGAUGAUCGGGUGUCUGUUUGUCCCACUCAACAUUUUCCAUGUUUCCAACUCAAGGGGUUUUUCUGUUUUCCAUUUCCUAGAUCAAGAAAGCGUAUCGAAAGAAAGCCUUGACAUGCCACCCUGACAAGAAUCCAGACAACCCACAAGCAGGUGAGUGAGCCACUUGGUAAGUCUGUAUACAUGUUUCUUUGUCUUCACUAUCCAUUCUUUGUCUCAGACCUCUGGUAGUCACAAAGGUCCAAGAUUUUAUUAUUUGCUAAUUUAAUUCCUGCAUUGUUUACAUAAGAAUUGGGAUAUGUCCUCUGAUCCAGCAGCCGCUGAGCUGCAGAUCAGGAGUGAAUGCUCUGGUGUAGCUGUAGUGACAGGCCGGCCUGUCAACUCUGUAUGAAGCCUAACCAGUGCUUCACUCUCCCGCUGGCUCUCAAGCCAGGCCGCACCAGCCAAACAUAACCAGCACCACCAGAGUUUCCACACUCCUCGGUUUUACGAGUCCUUCCGCGGCUUGUCGCCAACCACCAUGUCAAUAAUUAGACCAGGAAAUCUUAAUGUAGCAUUUCGUCAGGAGAGAGGGGGGAAAAAAGGCACCUUGGACAAAAGACUGGAUCAUGAGGCAUGUUUUUGAGUGAGGUUUCUGCGGUUUCUGGAGGGUUCAGACAAUUCCUGAUUAUGUCAGGGGGGGAAAAAAACUGGGAAAUUGGUGGGGUUUGAGGGGUUGAGAGGGAUAACACAAAAGCAGGGGGUCGGUUUCCCAGAAAUGGAAACCAAGUGGUUUGGAGGGCCUCAACACUUGAACCCGCACAUGGACAGACUUGGUCUCUAUCGCACGAGAGCGGAGCAAGUCUUAGGACUCCCUGCCCCUCGGGGGGAGCUUGUUCGCAUGAAAGAGGUGACUUGCGGGUCAUGAUUCCUUCACAGACUGAAGACGCUGCUGUUCCUUCUCUGCCCCCCAUGUUGUGACACUCUGAGCUGCCCAGUGGGUAUGCCAGGUCCCCCCUCAGUUGGAUUUCAUUCCAGCCCAUUAUAUGCUUGUAGGUAACCUGAGUGUCUCUGCUGGCAGCAUGAUCUCCAGAGCCUCCUGUUAGUGAGCACUGCCAGUCCCCACAGGGAGUAACAGUAUCGCGCUGUUUGGCCUCCCAUAAGUGAAUGAUUAAGCCUGGCUAGUUUAGUGUAGUAGUGUGAUAGUUGUGUGAUGCGGUUCAGGAUUGCAGUCUCCCUGUGUACAUUUUUUGUGUGAUGCAUAGCAGCGGUGAUAGAAGCAGUAGUCCCUGGAGGUGCUCUAAAUGUGAGACUCCAAGGGUUUGUGGAGAAUGCACGAUUCUCAGCGGACACACAGAUUUGGUGAGACUUUCAGCACCUUUUUUAAAGAAUAAAUUGUCACAGCCUCAUCGCCAAACCGGAUCUUCGAGAAAUCUUGCAGACCAAUUAAACAAAGCCUCUUUUGACUUUAGUUCCCAGCAAAUGUCCUGUUUUCUUUCCAACUUCACUCUUUCUACUAAAUCUUCUGCAUCAGGUGUCAAAUUGGCAGUUCAGUGUGUUAUCCAGUCUAUUUUUGAAACUGUAGCUGUUUUUGGAAAGUCACUCUGUUUCCCAAAGCUACAAUACAAACACAUGAAAUGAAGUGUCCAGCAGCAGAGUUUUCUGCCUUCUUCUCACUGUUUCUUGUCUCUUUUUUUUCUAGUGGAGCUCUUCCACCAAUUGUCUCAGGCUUUGGAGGUGUUAACUGAUGCUGCUGCCAAGGUAAAAACCACUAAUGCCAGCAGACAUUUCAUAAAUGAACUAAGUCAUAAGUACACAUAUAACCUGACAAAGGCAAUUCAUCCUGGUGUCUAAUGCUGUUGACCAGGCUGCCUAUGAUAAGAUCUGUGCUGCCAAGAAACAAGCAGAAGAAAGAAACCGAAAACUAGACGACAAGAGGAAGAAAAUUAAGCUUGGUAAGACUCUACUCAUGAAUUUCUCUUAUGUUUGUUCAAAUGCUUAAUAUUUGUACUUGUCUGAAUAUGUUUCUGGCUUUAAUAUUCACAGUUUUAAAAGAGUAUACACAAAAGAUACAGCACUUUAGAGUUGUUUAUGUUUACACUGUUAUCAACUUACCAACUUGUUUGUGGAUGAUUUUGGCGUGUGAGGUAUAGCCCAUAUCGCCCAUCCCUAACAUGAAAGUAGACAUACCUCUGACUCCUCACUAUUGACUGUGCGUGAGUGUUGAUGUGUGGGAUUUCACCCUGCCUCGACAGACUUGGAAGCCAGGGAACGACUAGCAGAAAGCCAAACCCAGGAGGAGGUGCAAACACGCACACUUGAGGAAGAGGUAAGACAAUUCAAAGAAACCAUUUGAGACAUUUUCAAAGCACCCAACUCUGCCAGGACAAGAUCUAGAAGAUGAGCAUAAACAUCUUUCCGCACUGUGGGCCUCAAUUUUGUGUUUAAGUGAAUCCUGGAAACGGCGGAGCACAUGCAGGUGUUCUUAUCCUGUUUUUUGUCAAGUUCCCCCUCCUGAUUGAAUCCUCCAAAGACUUGGGUCAGGAACAAAGGCUGUAUCUGAGAGAGGCUUUUUUUCACUGCCCUAUCAUAAUUAUCAGUAAAUCCGUUAGGUGAUAUUGCAUGACUUUACGCACUUUGUUCAGAAAGCCAGCGCUAAAUAAAAAUGGUGUGCGUGCUUCCUCUGUGAGUCAUGACAUGUGCUCAGUGUACUUAAUACAUGUAGAUUCCUGGCCCGGUGCCACAAAAUGGGAGAGGGGGAAAACCAGAAGAUGGCACUGUUCCAUUUUUUCUCAUCUUAAGGUUUAAUUGCCUUAACUGAUUAUAUAAGGUGGUGUGUAUAAUCUCUUGGAAAUGCUUCAUCACAGAAAGGUUGUCGAAGAGUGAGAGUCAAGGAGAGCCACAUGAGGGCUGAAUGACAUCAGUGUUUACAAAGAAAGGACAGAUGCAUCACUUUCUGACACUCAAAGCCACUUGUUGCCACCAGAUUGUCCGUUUAAGAGAGGAGGGCUCCAGACAGCUGGAGGAGGAACAGAGACUCAUCAGGGAGCAGAUCCAGAGGGAAAGAGAAGCACAACAGCAGCAGCAAACAGGAGGCUACACUCCGGCAAGUAUGUCUGCUUCCAGUCCAGCUUCAUCAACACAGUUCAGCGAAAGCCCUGUUCUGCUGGGAUGAAUCAGUCAAAUCCAAUAUGAGUUCUUUUUACUAUCCUGAAAGCCUGACUGAACCCCUGUGUUUCCCCACCAUUAUGCUGUCAGGCCAACCACAGCGACCCCCACUCCCCCAGUGGUUCACCAGAUAUUAUUCACAUAACAGUAACUGAAUGCAUAUUUGAAAUUUCGCUGUGCUUCUAAACAUUAAGAUCUAUUUUAGUUUCGAGGCAGGAAGGCCACUUGGCAAGGUUACAUAGGAAUACCAAACAUCAUGCACAAAAACUUUUAACCUUUUCAUAAUAUUUCAUAUAUAAAGGCUCAUUUUGGUGACAUAAAAAAUAAGAGUCUUUUUAAAGGAUACUAUGGAAGUGUGGGUAUGUAAGACAAGCACUGAUUCUUGGCCCUGGAGUAGACCUCUUUUGUGGCUGCAUAGUCAGCGUGUCCACAGCCCACUUCUGGAUCAGCACUUUGUCUUUCCUCUCUCAAGGGGCACUCUGCAGAUAAUCAGGCUAUAGUCGGAGCCAUACAUUCACCGUGUGACAGCCAACUUUAAAUUGCCGUCUAUUUGCAUGAGUCCCAUGAUGGCUGUUAUGUGCUAUGUCAUUGAACUCCACGAAACUAUUGUUUCUUUGUUUCUCCUCUGCGCCGCCUCGUCUCUCCCUCAUGUUUUUGUUUCUUCUCAGGCUCAAGAGUGGAGGGAUCGAGCAAUGUGACCCCCAAACUGAAGGUGAGUCUUACAGAUAUGAGUUUAAUCAGGGGAUGAGAUUUAAGAGGAUGGGGCUGGAAUGAGUAUCGCAUUUGUGGGAUAACACAGGAAGAGGAACUGCUCCAUUUGAGUGAAAGUGCAGACAGAGUCUCAUCAGGGAUUUUGAUCCGACUUUAAACAUUCCUAAUUCAUUAUUUGGAGACCACAUACGCUGUCUGACCACUGAGAGAACAGGCUGUUCUAACGCCCAUUCCUCAGGAGAAGGCGAAGCAUUGUCAGGAGAGCCGCAACUACGACAAGAGAAGGAAGGCUUAUUAUAUUUCCUGCUGAAGGCGGCCAAGCCUGUGCAUAUUGACAGACACUGGGGAUGUUAGCUAAUGUGUUUGGACAUUAAGUCUCAUUUCAAAAUUUGAUCCCCAUGUAAUGUAGAGAAGUGUAUGUAACAGUUGGUUAUCCACUUCUAAAAAACUGACAGCAACACAGCUUAUCCAAGAAGAUCUAUCUCGUAGGCUUCAAGUCUUCUCUCUGAGUGAAUAUUUCUAUCUUGUGCAUCCCUUGAAAUAAUUAGGUUUUGCUUCACUUGCAUAAUUUUUAUCUGUUUCGUUAUUUAAACCAGGAGCAAGACCUCAUAGCAAUGUGUCAGGGCUGUUUUCUUGAACCAUUGACAUGACAUUAUUCCAAAAAACAUCUUGUUUUAAGAUGAAUGGGUAGGAACAUUAUCAGUAGGUACUGGAGACAGGCUCUUGGCAGGAGAAAGCACAAUUUCAACAGUAAUUUUUGGUAAAAGAGGCAAUGAAGACAUGAAAAUUCCCAGAAAUCCCUCUUUGACAGUGAGCAGAACGCUGGAGCUGAAUCAACUCUUGGUGCGCGUCAUGUAACUACCACUCAACGGGCAGAAUUACACAAUAUCUCCUGUGAGGAGGAAGAGUGCUAACAACUUGUGGAAGCUGUUUUAGUUAUCUCUAGUUUUAAAGCAAGGAUUUUCACAUGACAAAAUGAUAAGUGUCAAAACUGAAGUAAAGAUGGGGAAAAGCGACCAAAUAAGUCAACCACAGUUCAGACAAAGGCCCAAGACAUCCCUGAGGAAGGACUGUUCGUCUGCUCGUUGCAUUAGACGCUGUCCUCUUUGAAUCAUGUGGUCAUUUCAGUUGCUGAUGCUUUGAUUUAUUCUGUACAGCUCUACCCAAAGAGGUGAAUCACAGUGAAUUUAUCAGUCCAGGACUCAGUGUGUUAAUUUUUCUUUUUUUUUUACUGUCUGGACCCUCGUUAUAAAUGGAAAUUGACUGCAGGUCUCACAGGUGGUGCCAGGGUGAUGUUCACAUCGCUCAACUAUGUUUUCCUCUUGCAGUAUCAUCAGGGCCAAGCCUGCGUGGCACGCUUCAUCUUCCCGUCAGCUGAUUUCAAUCAAUUGUGCUCUAAUGAUUAGACAUCAACACGCACAUCUUUACUUCUUUAAAGUCUUCGUGCUUCUUUUUUUUUUAUUACAGCUAAAGUGGAAGUGUAAAAAAGACGAUGAGACGAAUGGAGGCUACUCACAAGACGUGCUUUUCAGACUUCUCCAAAAGGUACGCGCUUGGUUCCUCAAAGUUACACGACCACUUCUUAUACAGAAACGCAUAACCUGGAUGUUUGUGGGGUUGUUUUAUAAGGUACAGAAUUCCAGUAAUGUAGCAUUUUAUGAUAGGUUAUAUAGGGAUAAAUUCUCUGUGACUGCUGUUAUAACAAUGCUCUAAAUAUAGUUUUCAUUAUCAGGGUAUAACAAGGCAGUGUUGUAAACUUGAGGCUGCUUCACAGGACUUUUGGAUUAAGAGGAAUUUUCAUCAAUUUGAUAAAUAACAGUUACAAUGGGUGGUUUUUUAAUUCACUGCAUUAACCCAAAACAGACAUUUUUAAUAGGCAUAUUUUUUCUUCACAACUUUUAAAUUAUUUUCAGAAAAUUGAAACAACAGGGGUUUAAAUCUGUUCUGCGUUGGCAGGAAUUUUAGAAAUAAUCUGAUCUUUUUACUCUCACUGUCCCAAAGCAGAGCUUCACGGUAACAAACCGGCAAGCAGAGUCCGACCAUAUUUAAGGUCUGCAUGACAUCAGCGCAGUAGAUUGUUUUAUUCUCCUCCUUAAACAAGGCCCAUUAAGUUUUGUUGCAGUGAAAGUGCUGAGGGCAAUGUUGUAGUGCCCUUUUUUAAAGCCAUGCACGCCAUUAUUUGUGCCCCUCUUACCAGGUGAUUAAGCAGUGCCAAGGGAGGCAUUAGGAAAUGUGCUCUUCUCAUGCAAUCCAGAACCACCUUAUGCAAUGAUGCGUCAGAAGGGCUGUUUUUUAGGGGCAUAGGUUGGCCCUGAAAUGAGGGAAUGGGGUGAGAGUCACUGACGUCAAGCUGUUCGGAAAAGGCGUUUGAGUUCUCUCCUCGGCAUGAACUUAGUCAAUAUGGUCCCUGGCAGGAGGGCUGUGUCAAAACAAACACUGUGUUGUUCCUUUUUGAAAUUCUUCAGUUGAGGGGAACAUAUUUCAGGAAAAAAAUGUUGUUUGAGAUGGCAAGGUCCAAUGAGUGACGGUUAAUGGUUUGGGCAAGAAGAAAUAUCCUGCGAGUGUGGGAAAGCUAGCAGAGUCUGUGUCUCUGUACACGUACGUGUGCGGCUCUGUGUAUUUUGGCCGCUUUAGAAAAUACAUCUUUGUUAUAGAGCGAAAAAAACAUGUUAAUAAAUUUAUAUUUUAUGAAAUCGAGGCCUUUUGAGAGUCUCUUUUGUCACUGUUGGCUUGCUCCAUGGUGUCCUUAGUAAGCAUUAGUGUUCCAGGACUUUCCAGUUCCCAGAAAGCUACUUUUUCACAAGAUAAGGUCCUCAAAGGAAUUAAAAAAAGAACUAGGGCCCCGGUGGGGCACUGGCGGGCCGCCCCCAGCGCGACCGCCUACCCCUCCCGAUCGCGUCACACUCAAGGUCCAAAGAUGGUGUGCGCACUUGUCUGUGGUCAUUUACCAUAAUAAUGAAUGGGAGGCGCAGUUUCUACCAAAAAUCUCGCUGCAGACAAACUCCAUGUCCUUUUUGAAAAAAUUCUGGACCAUGAGUGAGGGCACAAACACAGCUAGUAUAUAUCCAAAUGGCAAGUUGCUCCUCCUUUCGGUUUUGCCGAGAGAGCGAUGCGUUUGAGCCAUUGAGCGAUGGGCAGGAAAAACUUGACUUUUUCUCCUGCCAUGGGGGGGCGCUCUUUUGGGGAGAAAAAAUUCCUUCACAAAUGUGUUGAUGACUGAACAUUGCAUCAUCCUAGAAAACUUGGAGGCCAGUGAGGACAAAAAAUGCGAAAUAGCCCUUUAACCGUACAUUUUACAGAUACGCGCACAUUGACUUUUUCGUAGAUCUUAUUGAGAUACACGUGAUUGUCAAAUUUUGUGUCAAUAUGACAAAGCGUACAGGCGUGACACUCAACAAUGUGUAUUUUCGCCUUAGGGGACAAGAAAAAAUGGACUUUUUUCUCCUGCCAUGGGGGGGCGCUCUUUUGGCGAGUAAAAAUUCCUUCACAAAUGUGUUAAUUGCUGGACAUUGCAUCAUCCUAGAGAACUUGGAGGCCAGUGAGGACAAAAAUAAAAAGUUAUAAGACUUUUAAGACUGUGGAUUUUUUUUAAGACUGCGCCUCCCAUUAAUUAGAAUGGUAAAUGACCACAGACAAGUGCGCACACCAUCUUUGGACCUUGAGUGUGACGCGAUCGGGAGGGGUAGGCGGUCGCGCUGGGGGCGGCGCGACACGGCUCGGGCCCGCCAGUGCCCCACCGGGGCCCUAGUAUUUCUUAGUGUUUGAAAAGGCUUGUGUAGGAGUUAAAUGGGCCCAUUUCUACCUUUCUAGGUGGUUACUACUUAAUUCAAGGUGGCGCAUAAAAUUAAGAACACCUUUAGAGUGCUGAAAAUGUGCUUUUGGUUACACUGAGGGAGGAAAAUAUAUAAUCCACAGGUGAAAAAAAAGGUGAAAAAGCACUCUCUUUUAUCAAGAGUGAGAUGUUUGGUUAUUUAAAAUACAUGCAUUUUGAUUUCUUUUCAAUAUUUUAAAAUGAUUUGUAUUGCAGUGACAUUUCAUUUCUAUGUGCAGCCUUGCAUAUAUUUAGCAUAAACCAGAUUGAGACUUGAGAAGUUGAAGUUUAAAGGAAGGCAGCUGGGAGCGUAAUCUUAUUAUCUGUUUAUAAAGAUAAUUAAUAUCCCACCCACUGUCAAAUGACAGCCAAUGAGAGACGGGAUUGUAUUAAAGCUGUCACUUGGCCUCUUUUGAAAGCUAGACCUCGACUUGGACUAGAACUGAAACCAUAGAGUUGUUUGCUGGAGGAUAUCUGCACACUUGCCCGAGCAGGUAUCUGUUCAGAGAAAAUAUUAAUGCAAUCGUGCAAUUUGGAUUGAAUCUUGUGUUUGCAUUUUGGACACAUUGACCUUUUAAAAGGAAAACAAUAUUGCUUAAACAUGCUAAAAUGUUUGAAAGUGUUCAAAGCAACCAUGGUGUAAUGCUCAAAGAAGUUUAUUUUUUGGGGUUAGAGGUCCAAGCCUGGUGUUAGGAGGACUCUCCUGAAUCGGCAAACUCAGUCUCCAUGGCAUGUAGCAGGUUGUCUCGAGGGAUAAUGAAUCUGUCCCUGUUGACCCCGGACACCACGCAGCAGCUGACAGCACUGCGGGAAAUCUCCAUGUCGGCAGCCUCAGUCCAAGUAUUGUUUUUGGCGUCGUAGUAUUCGACGUUAAAUGAGGUGGUGAAGCCGUUGAAGCCGUUGAAGCCCCCAACAACAAAGAGGUAAUCAUCGAGCACUUCAAUUCCAAAGUUGCUGCGAGGGUUUUGCAUGGAGGGUAUGUCAUUCCAGGUGUUGGUAUGGGGGUUGUAAGCCUCUGCACUGCGCAGACGGGCAUGGCCAUCAAAGCCACCAACCUAAAGCAGUAAAGUUGGAGAAUCAGUGAAACUGGACUGAACCCGAUUUCCCCACAUUUCACAAUUAUAUCCCAGAGUUUCUAAAUCUGAAGAAAAACAACGGUAACACUUUACAAUAACCAUAACUUAUAAAUGGUAAAUAGACCAUUUAUAUAGUGAGCAGAUAGUUUAUUAAUGUUUUAUCAUCAUUUAUAAAUAGCAUAUAGACCAUUAAUAAAUUGUAAAUUUUACAUUUUUUAAAUCCUAACCCUAACCCUAACCCUGACUUUACAAUAACCAUCUAAGUAAUGUUUAUAGGUGGUUUAAAAACCACUUAUUCAUCAUUUACAAAGUAUUACAAACAUCAGUUGCAACUUUACAAUAACCGUCUAAGUCAUAUUUAUAUUUGUUUUAUAAACAAAAUAUUUACCAUUUACAAAGUGCUACUGACACACAUUUUAAUCUAGAUGUUAUACAACCAAUAUUUAAACCCUAUGUAAACCUUAAAUAAAUAGUCUAUCAAUAAGUAAUGAAAAUUCUUAAUCAUAAUUUCAUUGCUUAUUAAUGAUAAAGUAACUAUAUAACUUACAUUAAUAAACUAUCUAUUUGCCAUUUAUAAUUGGUCUAUAUGCUGUUUCUAAAUGAUGAUAAAACAUUAAUAGACUAUCUAGUUACCAUUUAUAAAUUAUGGUUAUUGUAAAGUGUUACCAAAAUAACUAUUUAGAACUUAUAAAUGACAAAGCAGAUGGGAAAACCUAUGUCAGUUUGUUGAUUUUAACAUCUAGUUUGUUUUAUUGUUUUUGGAACAAACUAUCAGUGACUGAAUGGACUUACAGCAUAGAUGUAGCCUGAGUAUGCCACGACGCCAAUCCCACUGCGCAGGUUGUUCAUGGGGCUGAUCACUGUCCACUGGUUAGUUUCUGGGCAGUAGUAUUCACAUGUUUGCAGGCAGUCCUGCCCAUUGAAGCCUCCACAUUUGUAAACCUGGGUAGAACAGGAUAGUUUUUCCUUUUUUAGAUAACUUUGUUCCUACUAUCAAGACACACACAAACCAAACUUAACGAGCACAACACAGAUGAGACCUUGUCUUGUCCUAACCUGCAUCACUGGUAUCAGGCAUUAAUUAUGAGAACAAAUAAAUCAUCAGCUUUUUCCCCUGAUGGUUUAGUUUGCAUUUGUAGGUCAUAGAGAGACACCAAUAUUAAUUUCAGUCUGUUUUUAUCACCAGCUGAAAAAUCCUCACAGGGGGCUUUAAACACACAUUUGAAAGGUCAAAAAACUAAUCAGGGAUUUUGAACUCAUUCAGUUUCCUUACACCUGUCCUUCUUAAAGUGCUGCAAGUUUGACUGAAUCAAAUCUUUUUUUAAGUAGAUACAGCAAAUCAAAUCAUCAGUGCUCUUCUGUCUCACCCACCUUGUUAUUCAGUGUCGUGCAAUCAGCAUCGCUCCUCCGCUCAUUCAUGGGUGGAAUCAUACUCCACUGGUUGGUCUCUGGCCUGUAGCGCUCAGCAGUAUUGAGUUGUGUAUGACCAUCAAACCCUCCUAAGGCAUAGAUCCACCCAUCCAGCACAGUAACACUAACAUGGCUCCUUCGGCAGUACAUCGGCGCUACUUCAUGCCAGGUAUAUGUGCUCAAGUCCAACCGGCAAUAGUGUGAAUUUUCACCUUAGGGGGCGCUAUGGAGCCAUUUUUCAUUUUUUUGUUUGGGCGACUUCAGAAUAUCAAAUUUUUCACCAGGCCCGGUUGUCCUGCCAAAUUUCCUGAGUUUUCGCCAGUGGGAAGUGGGCCAUUUUCCAGUUCAAAGGGGAGGAAAAAGAGGAAAGAAGAAAGAAGAUUUUUCGCCUAUGAAGGAACAAGAGGGCUCUCGCAGCUGCUUAGCAGCUACGCUCGGGCCCUAAAGAAGAAGAAAGAAGAAUCCAUCAGGAACAAUAGGGCUCUCGCAGCUGCUUAGCAGCUAUGCUCGGGCCCUAAUAAUAAUAACGAAAGAAGAAUCCAUCAGGAACAAGAGGGCUCUCGCAGCUGCUUAGCAGCUACGCUCGGGCCCUAAAAAAACAACAUUUGUGGCUGCUACACUGAAUUUCCAGUCUUCCUUCUCUUCUCUCCAUCACCCUGGGACAGAGAUCAGGGAAUGACUGAGAUGCUCUUGGCUUUGCUUCCUUUGGCCAACUUUCCUUCCCUGUUCUGAUCUGUGGCAGGAGUUGACUGUAUGGCACUUUUAAGUGAAGUUGGUUUGGUUUUUUCGGCACGAGGAGUCAACAAACUCCUUUCUUUUGAAGAGUCAAGAUCACCGUUUUAAAUAGGGUGUUUCUGAAAUACUUUUGAAUGUUUGUCUGGCAGUCAUACAAAACCAAUCGUUAGAUAUUAGCUGUCAAUGAAUAAAACAAAAAUUGAACCCUCAAUUCAAGUCCAAAAGUCUGUGAUAUCUUCCUGAGGUUUUUUGGUCUGCAUAUGUUUUGAGUUUUCAUGCUUAUUGGUUGUGCUGUGAAGGGAUAUACUAAUUUGAAUGUUCUUCAUGUCUCCUCUUCCCCCCCCUUUCCUUUUAUUCUCUGAUUUCUUCCAUGUAGUACGGUGAUGUUUUACAUGUGAUUGUCUCCAGUAAGAAGAAAGGAAGUGCUCUGGUUGAAUUUGCAACUGUGAGAGCAGCUGUAAGUACCUAACUCUUCCCCAGUAAGUGUCCUCGCUCCCCUAGCUCAACAAUAGAAACCUUUGUCGAAGCAGAUAUUUGCAUAAAACAUUCACUUACUCGUCAAAAUGCUUUUUUUGUCUCUGAUCACCUGCUGAGGCAGAUUUUGACCAAAUAUGACACCUUUCAUAAACUUGUACGCCUAGAGACAGAUUCUCCAACCAAAGCUAAUGUUUUAGUCAUUCUGGUGUACGGAGAUCUGCGUGCUGAUGGCAACCACUGGACGGAAGGACUCAUUGUUCUUCACUGUCUGGAUCCUCAGGCUGUUUGUCAUGAUGUUGUACUUUUAUGUUGUGGCUUGCUCACCAAGGCGUGUGGUUUCCGUCCAGUGGACAUGUCUGCCCGUCUACUGGGAUCUGGGCACAGGCUCUGUGGUCUGGCCAUGUCCUUAUCCCAGCCUUGCUCUGGGUGUUGGCUCAGCUACAAUCCACCUUUGUGCUUUGUUUGCAUGUGUGCUUCAUAUGUUUGUUAUACCAAACAACCCCGCAAAAAUACCCAAUUUAUGCAGAUUUUAUGACAAAGAAAAUCUAUUUUUCCUCAUGAGAAUAUUGGCAGAGAAACUGUCCGACUUGCUAAGAGUUUAUUUUUGUUUUCAGGAGCUUGCAGUUAAGUAUGAAAGGGGCCUGAGUGAAAACCCCUUGAAGAUCUCGUGGCUCGAAGGACAACCUGAAGUGAUCACUUCGGCAGCUCAUUCCGGCCAGUUCAUGUCUACACAGGUAGGUUAAGAAGAUGUUGCUGACAAUUACCUGCUCACGCUCCCAUAAACCAUGUCAGCUAGGUUCCUAAAGCUUCUCAUGUACAUAACUUCCAACACAAAUACUGUUGCCUAAACACCGUCCCAGAAAAAGAGGUAUGCGAACCCUCUUUAUUUUCAAAUAUUGCACUCCCCUUGCAUGGACUAGAACUAUGUGUUUGGUUAAAUGACCCUCGGUUUAUUUGCUUUGGAUGUUGUGAUGAUGAUCCAGCACUGGCUCAAGGCUGCUGGUCGGCCGCUCAUUAAUGGGCCUGACCUGGGAGACCCCAGGAAUGCUAGACUCCAUAAAACAAAGCACGAAAAGCAGUGUGCAGUAAAGGUAGCCGCGAACAAGAGACAGAACAGAUGCUUACAUUUGUUUGGUUAUUUCCCUAUAUCAUAAAAAAGAGUUAUUUUUUAGAAGAUAUUCUAGAGGAUCUGUCUUUUUUGAUCGAUGAGAUUCUGCUAUGUGUCCAACUUUUUUCUUUUUAGGGAAUGUGUUCUUUUGAAAUCUAAAGGCCCAACUUUCUGUAGGCCAAACGUUUGAUGCACUGAACUGGAAUGUUUUAUUUGGAAACAGCUCUUCAAAACACUGACCCUCUAAUCUGGUGCCUGCUGUGAUCUGGAAAUCACAGUAGUCUGUGUUGCAAGCUUCACUAUUUUAAUUGAUUUUGUACGCCCAAUAUUUUGUCUUUCACUGUCAGCACAGAUGUAUACACCAAAGGCCCAUUUACUCUUUUCCUGUCCAAGGAUAAUCGCAUUUUAGCCAUUUCCACCGAGAAUCCACAAAGUUUUUCUUUCUGCUCAUUAGAUUAGUAUGAAGUCAUGUUUUUCCCCUUACAGCGUCCAUUGGCUUCUCUUAUAUUGUGAUCUUUACCUGUGAGGGAUUACAUAUCAGUAGACUCUCUGUGUCUACUUAUCUGUACCUCCAGAGCUGCUGCUGAACUGCAUUUCACCCUGAAACCCAGUGUGGAGUCUCAAGGCCCCAUGUCGGGGCUAGCAUGUGAGACUGAGCCUGCACACCGGGACUUGUCACACUAAUCUCUUUAAAUGUUAUUAUGGUAACCCGUCUUAGCUUACAGAUAUCCAAAACUGAUUGCUUCAUAUUUUUUUUUUGGCCCUGCCUCCGAGAAUGAAAACAUUACUUUGGACGGGUAAUUUUCGCAUUAGUCCUCAGCAAGAAUAUUUCUACAAACAUGACAUAAUGGGUUAACUGUAGUAGAUAUUAGUAAAGUUGUUCCACAUCUGGCCUGGGGUCAGUGGACCUGGCUAGGAGUAAUAAGAAGCUAGAGCCUUGGAGGUCCUGCUCCGUCUGCGUCUCUAUCUGGAAUCAAAAAAUCUGAUUCUUCUCCCUGUCCUCUCUCCUUCCAUCGCUCCUCCACUCAGGCCAGCUGCAAUCACAUAGGAGCCACUUGGGUGAGGACUUGCUUCUUUGACCUCAUCAAUCCAAACAUAGAGCUCAGAGAGUGAGAGUCUCACUACAGGGAGCUAAAAGAAACAGACAUAUGACUUCAGCCUCGGCUUCAGUUCCAGCUGCGCGGGGCUUUAUAAAUGAAUCCAGGGCCAAUGCGAAAGGCAAACAAAAUACAGGAUACUCAUGGACAGACAACCUUGUGGGGCGCUAGAUAACACACUAAAACUGAAAAUCAGACAAAGGAUCCACACAAACUACUGACAGCUACCUAUUUAGUGAUCUUUGUCAGACAUUUACUUAACAAUGGGGCAUGAAAAUCCAGGAUGGGCAAAAUCACAGCACCAAGGAGUGCUGAACAGGCUCUUGAACCUUUCUGCAUGUCAGAGUUUGGCGUGAAUUCAGAGUACACACAGAACCGUUCACAGGGAUAUGUAUUUCAGUGUUAUUUGGACAGUGUCACUUCCUAUGUCCUCUAUGUGGUGUUCGACCAACACUCAAUUAUCACGCAUGAAGUUGCUGCACCGAGCAGAGUGCACAUGUCAUGACAAUCAAGCUGUGUUUGUCAAACACGGCUCGCUGGCUCUUGCCAGAUUGAGGCGCUCAUAGUAUGACUGAAUAUUGGCAGGUAGUAGUGUUUAGGUCUGGACUCUCAGAAUAAAAUUUGGUACAGAUUUAGCCCUGUGCAUAUGUUACUGCAACUGCCAGUUACAUGGCAACAUAUCAACGUAUAGCACAUUGAGGCAAUGCCAUAAAAAAAAAACCAACAAAAAAAUAUUACCAAAUAAACUUUGGAGAUCUUUUUCUGCUCAGUGUCUUUUUAAAUAGCUCCAUAAAUCUAGGCUUGACUGGAUAAAGGAGUGAGAAGGGCUUCAAAGCAGAAGCUGUCAGGUUUGUGUCGUGACCCAGGAAGGUUUUUUAAAAAGCCUUUAUAGGUCACAUGUUUCGUUAUAAAUGUCAGACAUUUAGGUGAAGUGCAUAGGCAUUUUGAUUGAAUUUGAAUGUUUAAGUUUGAAGAGUUUGUCACUGUAAAAAGAUAAAGAUGGGAUAUAAUGACAAAUUAAAGACGUUGAGCUCUCUUUGAUUUUGGGUUUAGGUGCAAGAGGCUCAUUUUUCUGUCCUGAUACCACAUUUUAAACACCUUGGGGAAACAUAUACGCAACUCUACUCUCGCAGUCCUUGCAGUGUAUUCUGUGCUCUGUCCCUAAUAAUUACAGAAACAGAUUCACCUCUCAGCUUAGGAACUGCUCGGUACUCUCAAACUUGAUUAUUCAAGUGCUGAUUAGUGUUGGUACCCACUUUAGUGGAGGGCCUUACUGAUUGGAGACCAAAACUCCCACUGAUAACACCCCUCAGCGUUUGUAGACCUUCGCAACACAAACUGUGGCACAGUGUGUAAGAGUUUCAUCACCCUCACAGAGACACAGAAGCGACCUGUUCAACUAUUGGUUCUUUUUAAUUCUGCUUGUCCAGAAAGCUGAUAUGACAUGAUUAAUACCAGGCCCCUGCUGCAUUCACUCAGUAUUCUCACCAUGGAUAUUAAAAAUUACAUAACAGGUAAGGGUCAAGUCCUCCUCUCUGUGAGGAAAUGCUCCCCAUGCUCUCAACUUGAUUCAGACCCCUCAUUUGGGAAAGGAUCUAGUUUCAUCUCCAGACUGUUCUUCAGUGUGUCUGUACCUUUUAACAUAAUAAACAGUCACAGUGAGAGAUUGAGAAACAGCAUGUCACAUGCAUACAUUGGUGCACACAUUUCUAUUAGCAUUGCAUUGUACAGAUUUGCAAGUCUCAGUCAAUCCUUCAACAACUGAUCAGCCAAUUUAUUUUAUUCGAGAUAUCAAAGGAUUUAUUAGAAAAAGCAGGUCUAGACCAGAGUCUUUGGUCUGUCAUUUACUGAGGCCCAGUGCUAAACCACCAUGAACUACCAUUUGGUAACAUUUAGCAUCAGCUGCAAUAAAAAACUUCCUCUUAACAGGCCAAAACCUCAGGCAAAACCAGACUCAUGGUGAACAGCCCAACAUCUUCACUAAAUGUGAAGAGAUUCCGAGAUAAAAGGAGAUACAGAAAGAGAGUGCUGGAUGAAGAUAACCAGAAUCAGCUUUAUUGGCCAAGUAUGUGCACACAGACAAGGAAUUUAACUCCGGCAAACUUUGCCCUCUAUGUACAAACAUUAAACAUCAACAAUUGUUACAAGAAAUGUACAAGCAGUAACUAGACAUUCAAGUUAUAUACAAGACGGUUGUGCAAUGAUAAAGAGUGCAGAGGAGUGAAGAGUACUUGGAAAAAAAAUACAUGUGAUAUUACAGGUGGGUUAUGUACAUGAACUACAUAACCCACAUUUUAUGUUUCACAAUAUAAACAUUUAAAAUAAGUAUAAUGGUGUGUGCAGUGGUAUGUGUCUGAUAAGAGGAAUGAUUAUUUGUUUAAUAGUUAUAUAAGUUACAGUGGUCUAUCUGUGGCUCUGUGGACAUUAGGGGUUCAUCAGAGAAACAGCCGGGGGGAGAAACUGUUGUUGAGGUUUUGGUGUACAGUGAACUGUUACGUCUGCCUGAGGGGAAGGGUUUAAACAGUUUAUGACCUGGGUGUGAGGGGUCUGCAGUGAUGUUGUGUUGCAUGACCCUGGACCUCUUUAUAUCCCAGGUUGAGGGCAGGUUGGCCCUUAUGAUUUUCACUGCAGUCCUGAUAGUUCGCAAAGCAAACAGUGCAAAUGGUGAUGGAUGUGUAGAGAACAGACUGAAUGAUGGUAGAGUAUAAUUGGCUCAGCAGCUCCUGGGGUAGGUUGAACUUCCUGAUUUGUCGUAAGAAGUACAACCUCUGUUGGGUCUGGAUGGUCCACUUCAGGUCCCUGGAGAUAGUCUAGAUAGAACUGGAACAUGUCCACAGUUGACACGGUGUUGUUGAGGAUUGUGAAGGGAGCAAGUGUAUGAGGGCUCCUCCUAAAGUCCACUGUCAUCUCCACAGUCUUGAACGGGUUCAGCUGCAGAUGAUUCUGACUGCACCAGAGGACGAGCUGAUCCACUUGUAUACAAACUCAUCACUGUCUCAGAUUAGACCAAUGACUGUGGUGUCGUCCGUAAACUUCACGAGAUGGGUCCCCUGAGGUGCCAUCUCAGGUGUAGAGGGAGAAGAGAAGAGGGGAGAGGACACACCCCUGGGGGGCACCAGUGCUGAUGGUGCUUUGGGGGAUGUUCCCCAGCCUCACCAGCUGCCUCCUUCUCUGUCCCUCACUCUGCUCAGCUUGUGUCUGUGUACAUAAGCACCUGUGUUUUGUGUAAAAAGGAUCUUUUUCUGGACUGAAAAAAAUCUUCCUCAACACAGUGACAGUGUCUGCCAGAUUGUUCAGAAGAAGAAGGCCUGAUUAUUGAAAAGGCGUACCUUCUGUACUACUUCUAAAGUCUUUGAAUAAAUCAUAGUGUCUCCAUGAUCCUGAAAUAAGACGAUACAUUUGUUUUUCAUCAAUUGUCAUUUGUUUGGGGAUGUUUCAGGGCUCAAACAGAGGUAGUGCUGUGUUUUACGAGAAGUCUUGAGUAGUAGCUGUAUCAGUCUGUGAUUCACCAUGUGGCUGCCCUUCAUGGUAAGACAGAAUCAAAUAAAUGAACCAUAUCCCAACUCUUUGUCAGUCUGACUGUCUAAACAUACACUUUGUCUUACGUCUGUGUCUUCAUGGAUGUAAUGCCAACAUCAAUCACUGUGUUGUGAUUCAUCGUUUAUUACACAGUUCAGCUCAGUAAAUUGUGUGUUCUAAAGGAUAUAAAUUCAAGCCUUAUACGCCUGCUUCUCUCAUCCAGAGCUGAAGAGUCAUGGCACGCUUGUCACGACAAAAACCAGAUGCUCCAGUUUAGCUAUUCUAGGAUUGUUUUUUUUCCAGUCAGACAGUUUGCUUGUACUUAAAAAGUGGCCUCUCACCUAAAAUAGCCUGUGUCUUUGAGAGAUCCACUGUUUGUGGCCAUGCUGUUGGUAUUAUCCACCCUGGCUUAGCUCCUUCUCUGAAUCAAGAUAAGGGAAUUCUUGGAGGGAGAUGAGUAUGAUUCACUUCUUUAAGCUCUCAACAAAUCAAGUGGUAAGUAAAAAAAAAAAGUAAAAAUUUACCUGUUUAAUCAUAAUUUGUUAGUCAAUACCCUGCUCCUGCAUCUCUGCAUCCAGAGGUCUCAUUCUUUCCAAAGCAAAUGGCCGUUAUCAACUAGUGGAACACUUAGUAAGACAUUUGUGUGUUCAAACUGGUGGAUUUUGGUUGCACUCCAAAGCCAGGGGUUAUCUGCUUUGUCUGAGCUUUUCUUGUUUUCAGGUUUUGUUUGGUGUGUGUCAUUACACUUAACCUACACCCAUUGGCUGCUUCAGUACUCCACUGCAAUACCCGAUCAGGUCCCUGAGUGUAGGCAAGGCCAUGAACCGUCCAUAUCCCACAUCAGCCAGGUACACUUUGAUACUCCUCCACCUCUGCUUUGCCUCCACAAGCACAGUCUGUCUCAUGCAGCUUCUCGGUGCCAGAGGUGCCAGAGUAUCAUCCUACCUUUAUAAACAAGUAGACACAAUGAUUGCAAAUGGUUACCUGUGAAGACAACCAAUAAUGGGCUUUGAAUUGAAUAGCCAAAUCUGAUUUGAUUGAUUAAGCUCAGAGUUUGUAACAGCGUCUGUGUAAAAAAUAGUUUUGUACCUGAUGUUUAUCAUGUGUAUCAAGUUUUACCAGAAGGAGAAGAAAGAAACUUACGAGGAGUUGUUGGUGCUACAUUCUUCAUGUGGAACAAAAGACCAAACUCUUUGUAACAAAGGUACAUGCAUUAUGUGUAGGAUGGCUUGGCAUACAGAGUCUUUUUCUCACCUUUUAUGAUUGGAAACUGUAUGAAUCUCCUGGUGUGAGAGAAGUGUGUCCAGGUUACACCCAAUUCAUCAUGUGUGUCCAAGAGGGGAAAGCUGUUGUGGAUUAGUUUCGCCCUUCCUAUCUGUAGCUUGAUAUUAUGUUGUGACAUGCUACAGAAAACAUAAACACUAUCAGUUUCAGAAGAUCCCCUCCUGUUUGUGAGGCUGUGUUGAUCAGGCACCUUCGUUUAAAAGCAUCAUUAAAUUCUUUCUGGAGCAUGAAAUCACAGCAUUACACCUCUCUUUAUUAGACAAAACAACAUUUUUGAUGUUUUAGCCGGUACCUGAUAAAAUGAAUAACUGGUACACUCUGCUCUUCUCAGUGAGGUGACAGGGUUCCCUGGUAUUCUUCACAUCACCGAGUUUAGAUUUUAGAAGGGGUGAAGCGUUACCAGAUGUGAUCGGGGUUACUUGACAGCUCGGCCAGUUUGUGCAGCGCAGACAAGAUAAUUUGUCUUCAAUUACAGCCUCUUUCUUCUCACAUCAGUCAUGUGGUAGACACUUGUUGGGCCAGAUUCUUUGCACUGAGAAAAGAGGACCGAGUCAUGGCAGCCAAGGACUCUUGGCUACAGCAAGCAGAUGUUGAUGUGUGAAGGUUAUGCUAAGUAUGGAUGGGUUUCAAUCAAAUGUGUCUGGCAAAAAAAAAACAUAAAAAACAACUUAAAUGCCUUGUUGUUUUUUGAAUAAAUGAGACUUUGAUUGUUAGGAGCCAUUGUGUUAGAUGAGGGGGUUGUCAGAAGUAAGGAGUGACCGAAUAGUGUCUUUUUCUGCUUGUGCUGGAGAGUUCUUUAUACAGAGAUGUCUGGCAUGUUGGAUACACCCUCUUUAUGCCAGUCAGUAGCUGUGUUUACAUGGGCACAAAUAAUCAGAAUAAAUACUCGAUAGGAAUAAAAAUGUGUCACGUAAACAUGUCGAUCGUUAGAUUCUGAUCCAAUUGAAUUUUUUUCAAUCAGAAAGAAAUUGUAUUCCGAUCGAGAGGGGUGGUUUAUGUCUAUCGUUAUUCCGAAACGCGUCCAUGGAAACACUUACUCUGAUCGUGACUCUCUUACCUGACUUGAUCUUCACUCUUCAGCCUUUGGCUUGUUUAUUGAAUGCAGUACAGUACAGUACUGCCGUAAUGGUGCCACAUCUGCAUGCACAGUGCAUCCUUUGACAGAAAAGUAAAAUAAGUAAGCAAGGGCGCCAACUAGUGACAAUAUUUACUGGAGGGAACAUCCUGAGUAAGAUGGAGUGAGCCACUACCAUGUUCCCAAUGGCUCACUCCAAACUCCAUACUCUUACUCUGCGCAUGUCCAAAUGCUUCUAAUCUGAAUAAAACUUGAUCAUGAUUGAACAUGAUCGGAUUAUUUGAUUUUGCACCCAUAUAAACAGUGAAUUCAGAUUAUCCGAUCCCUCAUAUUUUUAAUCGGAUUAGGAAAUUUUGCCCAUGUAAAUGUGGCUAGUGUCACUCCCUGUGAUACAGGUGUUCUCUUUAGCAGUGCAUGCCCAACGAAUAAACACAUACUUUAAAACCCUGUUUCCUGUACUCGAAAAUUUGUGACUACACACAAAAUACUACUUGACAUGUCUGUCUAAUUUAGGCUUGUGCGCCUGCCCUCCUCUAAAUAAUAUUGUGCUGCUUGUGCUUGUUGUGUUGGAUAAUUCAAGGUUAUGACUCCUCCAGAAACUGUCCGCUUUAAGUGAGAGACAGGGCGUAUUGCUCUCACAGUGGCUGCGGAUGGUUAAAAAGCUAAAUAAAUAUCCAACUGUCCAUCACUGUGUGUACACAGUGUUAUAUGAGUUCUCUUCAACAUGAGCGCUUCUAUUCACAAAACCACAAAUGAUGGAAUUUAAAAUACUUUUUCUUUACUUCUCCAAAAUACCAAACAGUACAUUUUUUUUCAACGCAGGAAAUGUUUCACAAUGUGUUAUUGUCGUUCGCUGAACAAAUGAAAAGAGGCACAGAUAGCCAGUUUAAAAUUGGAGAUGCUAAAACAGAUGUACAGUGCAGACAUACCCACAAACAUUGCUGUUUCUGUUUGGACAUACAUAGUACUCUAAAGCAGGACAUUUGUGGUUCUUAUAUUUUGAAGCAUUACUCGUGGGAAACUUAGGAAUUUGACUGAUUCUGCGUUUCCCUUGCAGUCUUUCCUGACAACCCCUCCCACACACACACACACACACACACACACACACACACAUUGGCACAAGCUAAGGCUCUGUCCUCUUAAAACCUUAGGGAAGGUUGUUGCACACACGUCUCUUCAUUUCAGCCAUGUGUGCUCAAAUGUACAUACAUGUGAGGUGGUGUACGUGCGACUCACGCAUGUAUCUUUCUCUCGUUGGGGGUCUGUUUGGUCAGAAGGUAGUGUUUAAACCCUCAUCAGGACUUUUUGCUGCAGUAAUGGAUGUUUCUGGUCCUCCUCCCUCGACACCCCCUACAUAUGUGGAAGUAUCACGUUCCCCCUUUACCACUUUCCUCCUCGUGUGCCACUCACCAGAGCGUUGGACUCUGAUUUGCAGCUAAGAAAACAGCCUGCGCUCGCCUCUUUUCUUUUUUUCCCUCUGAGGUCUUGGACUUGUGGCCUGACUUGGUCCGCAGCCCAACCUGCCACCACUGGCUGGCUUUUAUUGGAAGCAGAGCUAAGUGUUUGUUUUCACUGCAUUGUUGAGAACGAGAGAUGGGGGGUACCUUGGUCUACCUUUGAGUGGGGCCUCUGGGAUGCGUGCGGAGGAAAAAUUGCCCUGUGCACACAAUAGAUUGGCAAGCACGCCAAGAGCCAAGACAUUGCAGCUUGAGGACCUUGGAUUCCAGCCGCAGCUUUUCUUUUCUUAAACACAACACUCUAAAGUCUUAACAGCCGUUUCCAGCGCUGUGCCGUGCUGAGUUUGGGAUUAUUAUAGCAAAAUAAGAACGAGAGAGAAGUCUCCAGUUUGAGUUUAAUAUUAGCAGAGUUCAAUUAUUAACUUCAACCUAAUAUUCACCUCAUGCAAAGGCUGCCUUGUAGGAGAACAUUAUUGGUUAUUGUUUUCUUUUUUUAUUAUUUUUUCAGUUUAAUUUUUAAACAAGCCCGAUAAGUAGGAAAUGAUUUGCUGAAAAAGAAAAAUUUAUCUGUUUUAUAUAUAUAUAUAUAUAUAGCUGUUCUCUUUCAAUACAAAAAAAAAGAAGUCUGAAGGGGUCACAAAGUCAGAUAUCUCCAGUUGACAAGACCAAUCAUUUGUCCAUCGCAUUACUUCAGCUUGUCUCUCAAAGCCUUCCUGACAGUUAUCUUCAGAGUAUGUCCAUCUCCUGUAGGACUCCCCUCAGACCUGAAGGCUUAUUGCUUUGUCCAUAUUAUCAGUUUGACAUGUACCUCUUUUACAGAUUAUAAAUCUUUUAUCAAGUUCUUCUCUCCUGUUCAGCAAAUAUGUUGUCUAGUUGUGGAGUUUGUCCAUCACCUGGAGAACGUCAUCCAGGAUUGAAGGGCCCAGGUCGAGGCUGAAGGAAAAGCCACUGUCCUCCCCCUUUUGCUGUCCAGCACUUGUGUCACAGGUGUCUGUAGAGUCUCCGUCCUUGUCUGAGCUCAGGCUGCCAAAUCCAGACCUGUGAGUCUGAUUGGAAGUGACUUUAUUCCCUCUUUGGUACCCAUCCUCCUUUUCCAUCUCUUCAUCGCCGCUGUCCAGUAGUGGCAUAGAGCUGCUUUUCUCCCUCUUCUUGUAUGCGUUGUUUUGAUGGCCUGCGUUCCAGUCUGGACUCUCAGAACCUUCUGCCUCGUCCAGGUUCAGGCGAGGGGGCUUGGGUGGAGGAGAGCAGGCCAAGAAGAGGUUCUGCUCACUCUGGGAGCUUUGAAGAAGCAAGCUGUGGCCCAUUUUAAGGAAGGACAGGUCCCCAAAGCUGUCUGUAUGGGCAUCGUUGCCAAUAUGUGAGAUGUGGCGAAAAUCAGCCAGUGGGAGGCUUAUCAUGUUGACAGACAGUACCUCCCUUCGCUUCCUGCUGGGCCAGCGACCAGAGGAUGGCUUUCUGUACUGUGAUGUUCUCAGUGGCAUCUCUGCAGAUGUGUCAGUGUCUUAAUGAAUCCUCAGAAGUGUUUCCUUCGCUCAUCAAUGAAUCCUUAAAAGCACUCAGCCAUCUGCAAGAAAACACAAAACAGUUCACAAAUGUGGUCUGAUAACAAGUUUCCUAAGGCUGCAUUUUUUUUAAUCAACACUGCUCUCUGUAUCUCAUCUAGCUGGAAAAUGGAUCAGGUCUGUGCUUGUGCUUGUCAUGUAAUAGAGCUCCAGAUGUGUGCGUGGUGCUUCGUCACUAGACCCGAUGUGAAUCAGCAGCCAUGUUUAGAGAUUGCACCUGCUCUGCUUGAUUUUGAUCAAAUGAAAUUCAGAAUUAUUUGGCCUCUGCGUUAUGUUCCACAGUCUUUCAUCUUUAAAUAUUUACUUCUCAAAUCCCUGUUUUUCCCAAAAGUGCAGGUGUGGUCUGCAGCCUGGACUCUUAAGGAAAUAAAUUAGCCCACUUAAGACUUCCAGUAACUAAAACAACAAAAACAAAGAUUCCCAAAGGGUUAUUGUUUCCCUGCAUGUAAGAAAAUCUAUCUCUUCACAUUUAGUUUUGGCAGAAUGGGAGGCUUUUACCGUAACCUCUGUCAGAUAUCAGGACUACAACUUCACUUCAGAACACAUGUUUAUGAUUUGGGGGAAAAUACAAAUAACAGGGACGUAAUAAGUUCAUUUCGCUGUGGUGUGAGAGUAAUGCACAUUCUGUUGAUGUGGUUUUGGUUUAGAGAAUGAAUUAUUUUCUAACCAUUUAUCACAUCACACUCCACCACAAUACUGUUUAAAAUGCAGCCCUUAUGUCAGAAAGGUUUGGAUGCAACAAAUCAUUUUAAAGCCUGUUUUGUACAUUUUUCAAAAUGUAUUUAUUUUUUAGUUUUUACAUUUGAUGCCAGCUAAACAUUUGAAAAAAAAAGUUGAGAUUGGGUCACAGUUGUUCACUUUGUAUACCUCAUAUACAGAGGCUAAUUUAGUGGCCACUAGGGAUAAGCGACAUGAGCUAAAAAAUUUAUCACGAUAAGAUUUGCCAUUCUGGUGAUAACGAUAAAAGUCCUGAUAAAAAAUAUCGUAAUUCCAAUCUCUAUUUUUGACUCAUUUUGUCUUGAGAACACCAGUUAGAGUAAUUAAAUAAGAUACUUAACCACAAGUUUAGUGGUAGGUUAUCGAGAAAACUAACGACAUCAAACAAGUCUCACGUGAAAACAUUUUCAACUUUUAUUGAAAACUCUUAUUGCACAGAGUGAGCAGCAGCAGAUCCACUGUCCGAUGUCAGGCAUACCUGACUGCACUCACUCAUUCGAAGGAAAUCCCUCAUGUGGAGCCUCGCUCAGUAACAAGCUGCUCAGAAAAGUCUUCUUCGUUACCUUCAGCCAUGUUUGUUUGUUAUUCUGCUCUGUGUGGGCUAUGGCUGCGAGUCAGUUGCUCGCACUUACAUCAUCAACUAGCAUUUACUGAAUUUAUCCUGAGAUGAAAAUAUUUAUCAUGGAGGAUUUUUCUGACAAUAUAUCGUUAAGAUAAUUUAUCGCCCAUCCCUAGUGGCCACUGCUUCCACCCCCGGCUAUAACCCUUACUGUAAUGUCUACCUUCACUCUCUACUCCCCACAUUUUCUAUCUCUCUUCAGUUAUAUCUAUCAAGGAAAAAAUAAAAGAAAAAUGGGAAAAACUGAAGUUUGGACUGAGACCACAAAUAGCUGAAAAGGUUGUGUAACGCUAAAGAAAACACUUGGAAGAACAUCUCCUGACUGAUAAGACUGAUUUACUACAGGUUAGUGGAUAUGAAAAGAGCCCUUCAACGAGGGCUGAGUCUCUGAGAAGUCAAGAUUGGAGGAGGUUCAUCGCCCUGUGAGAGACUGAGUGAGGAAAUAGUCCCAGGGUAAUGAUCCUGAGUGUAAAAUUACAAAGAAUCAGGGAUUUUGUCAACUAGGGUACAUUAUAUCAUUAAAAGAUUUAGGGAAUCUGGAGAAAUCUUGGCACAGAUGGGAUGGGAUUAAAACCAGCACUGUAUGGCUGAGGUUUUUGGGCCUUUAGCCAGCAUUGCAUUAAAUACAGUCAUGACUACGCAUAGGUAAUCACUGCUAAAACACAGUUCUCUCUGCUUCCACAAACGCAGGUUAAAACUGUGCCCUGCAAAGAGAAAAACCAUGUUUAAACAUGAUCCAGACAUGCUGGUGACUUCUCAUUGAACCGUAGCAAAGUGGAAAACUGCCCUGUGGUCUGACAGAUCAAAAUCUGGUCUCCUCGGUCCACAAACAUUAACAGGGUGUUGUAAAAAGAAGUGGUGAUGCGGUACAUUUGCCUCCGUUAAAUUUUUUGGAGUGUAAAACUAACAAAAAAAAUUGAAGCAUAUAUUUUUCAUGAAACCAGAAUUUUUCGGGCUAUCUCUGCACUGUUUAUAAUUAAAUUUAGACUUUGAAUGAUUUGCAAUCCAUCAAAUACAGUUUUUAUUCACACUUUAUGUAACAUCCUAACUUUUUUUUAAAUUGAAGUUGAAAAUGAUCUGUUUUGUAGUGUAAUUUGGGGCUUUUAUAUCAUUAAACUAUUACGAACACUAACACAACCUUAAAAGAAACAUUAUGUUCAAUAUGAAAGAGAAACAAUAAUACUUUGAAUUACUGUUCAACUCCACCCUUAAUGGAGACCAGUAUGUGUUCCGUGACCUGUAAUCAUUGUAUUAAGUAAAACAGAACCCAGUUCAUCAACACUGGCACGCUGAUUAGAUAAUCCGCUAAGUGUCUGUGAUUUUACGGUCUCACACAGCCCAACAGCUUUGCCCACAUUAGCUCUGUGUUCGUGACUUGAAACACUCACUCUGUAAAUUUGUAAGCCACUACAGCAAACAGGUUUUGUUGGCCUGUAAAGGUUUUACCGGCACUUUAGUAGCAGCGGGAGAUUGGAGAGCGCGGACACAACAGCAUUCCUUUCCAAACAUGUCAGUUUGGCCAAGGAGGAGUCCUAGGAUUUCAGCCACGAGUAUUGUGUUCAGGAAACACUUCAAGGCCAAGUCAAAAUUAAAGAAGCCCAUAAAAACACAUUGGCCAAGAAAUGUUUCUUAAAUUAUCCUCCAAAAAGCUGCCAUGAAUGAUCCAUCUUCGAGACAGAUGAGGAAUAUGUCUGAUGAAAACUUUAGCUGAGAGUUAAAAGCAGACUUCUCAAGACUCUUCUUUCCCAGAAGUAGUUUUUUUUGUUGUAGGGUGAAUAAAAAAAAAAAGAAGAUUGAUUUGGUCAUUCUUACCUGUCUCGCAGAGCAAAUACAGGAUAGUAGAGUCCCACAGAUGCACACACGUCUCUGUCAGGUAAGUAAGCAGCUUCUACCUGCACAACCUGGCAAACUCUUCCUUAACAUGAUGGGGCUUGUUCAGCAGUAACAGAGGAGUCCUGGUAGAGCAGCCUUCAGGAAGAGAAACAGGGUAAUUCCACGCUGUGUGUAACAAAAACAACUUUAAAAUUUUACUCGUAGAGUUUAACUACCUCAAAAAGGGCUUCUCACCUUUUUCUUUACGACUGAUCAAGUGAGUAUUUGGAUCCUUUUAGCUCCUUUUUCUUUAGUGCUAACUCUCCCCAGUGUAAACUCCUUAUUACAUUGCAGACCCCUCCAGGUGUGCUGCCGGUGAAAGUCCUCUCUGUCUCAGAGAUAAGCCAGGUGAGGUCAGAGUACAAAAGGUACUCAGGUGGAGGCUUUUCCUCCGUUUUUUUUCCUCAAAGGCUUUUUGUAGUUUGUGUUUGCAGUAAUCCUCCUUUAAGGUGAUUGUCAGCCCUCAGAUGAUAUCAUCCUGGUCGUGAUAUGAGUGGGCUUUUGAGUCACAAGUGUCACACUGAGUCUUGCUGGUUGGCUGGCUGCACCCGUUACCUGAAAAAAAGUGGGGGCAAAGUGGGAGGUCCUGAUCUAACGCCUUUGAUGCAGAGAAAGGGUGAUAUGAGGGAGAAACGUUGUGAAUGUGGUUGAGAGAGAGAGAGUGUGUGUGUGUGUGUGUGUGUGUGUGUGUGUGUGUGUGUGUGUGUGUGUGUGUGUGUGUGUGUGUGUGUGUGUGUGUGUGUGUGUGUUUCAUAGAUCGUGUACUUGUGUCUAAAAGGAAGUCAUAGUCGGUGAGCAAACAGGUCAGAGGAGGGAGGGGGGGUUAACUGAUCUCUAAUCUCCGUGUCAUUGUUCCUCUGCUUUGCUGAUUUCCUGAUUUCCUGCUUACUAUCAGCUUGUCUAAAGCCCCAGGGACCAGCCCCCUUCCACAGGCCCUUCUGCCUGACUGGAGGCCUAUAGCUCCUCUAUGUAAUCACAGGCCCUAUCUCACACAGACAUGUACGUACAGGCAUGCUGAAUUGCACAAGUGAGAUAACUUGUUUCAUUUUCAAUUCUCACGCCUCCAGCAUGUUGCCUUUGCUGUUGGAAUGUUUUAGCAAAACAUUAAUGGGAAUUGUGUCACAACGGCCGACUUUUCUGCCGAAUGGAAUUUGUUUGUGUUGAAACAGUGUGGCUUACUGCUCCUCUUGUACCCGCAGACAAAUGCUUGGGUUUAUUAUGACCAUUUCAUUGUCAUAUUAUUUAAUAACUACAACACUGUUUAAACCACUCCAGCCUUUUUUCCAAAGUGAAUGUAUAUCAAGUCAGAAGUUUGUCCACAGUGCUUCCCCUUAUUUACUAAACUAAAGCAUACAGGAUGUGAAGGAAGAGGACAAAUGGUAUCUUUUACUUUUCCUCCAGUUCUUUCAAAUCGAUCCAGUAAACAUUAGGCGUGCCGCCUGAUCCUCUCUUGUUCUCCCGCUCUGCUCUCCACUGCCAGAACAGUCUGCAAGACCAGACACAAUUACUCACGCAAAUGAAAUUAUCAUAACAUUUACUCAAGACCGAAACAGAACAUUUUUGAACAUUUCUCUUCUGAGUAACCCCCUCCUUCCUCUACCUUAGACUGAGGAGCUGCUUUCAUGCUAGGAGACAAUCAGGAGUAGAAGCUAGUGUUAUAUCCGGUGUUUGGAAAUGACCUCACAAGACCUGCAGUCUGACCAAGGUUGGGCUUACUCUGUAAGUUGUGUUGUCGUGCUACGUAGCUUCAGGGUCUGAUGCGUUUAGCCGUGACUGGAUUUGUGUAUAAGCCUCUUUUCUAAGGCUUGACCAUAGUGGGCAGUGUGGUUUGAUGCAGCUAUGCUGGGCCUGAAAUCUGGGAUGCUGUGUGUUUUUGUUGUUGCAGGAUAAAAAGUGUUUCCAGAUAUUGCUUUGACUGGCGCUAGAAGCCCAAACUGAGGCUUUGGUGGAUAUUCUUCUGGCUCUUUGUUGUGUGUUCUCAAGCUUCCGCCGUAUCAAGGCUCUUGGAGAGCCAGCAUUUCGAAUGGAUUUAGUACAAGAACUGUCUGAUUUUUUUAUAUGAAAAACAUUUUUAAUGACUACAAACAGAGCACACUGGACUUAAAUUCACCUUAUGGUAUGCUCAUUUUUACCCAGAGUGUGAAAAACACUGGACUAUGCUGACGAUUCCUUACUUCAAAUUACAGACUCUGCUACUCUCUCUGCUUCUUGUCUCUCAAACAGUUUCUGGAAGCUACUCUUUGAAACAUCCUUUCAUCAUCCUAGUCAUUGUCGUCACUGUUUGUCUCCAAAGUUAUGACUCAGCGAUUAGCUUCUUGAAAGCACUCCAACAGAAACUUGGCGGUCUGGCUGUUAACAGGAGAGCGCUGACAGACGGUCUGUUCCAUGACCGCCACAUGACAAAGAUCUGACAACAGUCAAAGUCCAGGUGUUAUGUUAUACAAUACCAAAGCACAGACUCAUUAAAAGAUGACAAAGCCUACAGAAGCUUCCAAAUCAGCAGAGUGAGGUCUCAUCAGCUCCAACGCAAUAUGUGCGUAACAGGUUUGAUAAGCCACAGAGACACAACAGCUUGAUUGUUAGUGAUAGAUUUUAGAUAGAGGUAUGUUUCUCUCCCUUUUUAGGCUUCUAGCACCACAUCAUGUAAGGUCAUAUCAGUGUCCCAUAGCUUGCUCUUUUUUAACCUGCCUAAUUCAUCCUGCUAGCAUACUUACUCAGGCUAACCUUGUUGGGAGUGACGUCAGUGCAUAUCUUGUGUUUGAGUGCCACUCCUUUUUCCCGCAAUAUCUCUGUUGCAAUCUACCAAAGACAAGAUGCUUCCCAAGAAAAUACAUCAUGUACAUAUGUUAUAGACCUCCACUUAUUAAGCUCUAUUCUAGCCUUACUGACCACUCAAAGUGUUUUUUUACAUUCACAUCAUCACAAAGUACGACCCAUUUUCAGUAAUACUGCUCAUACGCUUCCACACACCACUGACAACCGCAUAGGGAGGAUUUUUGGGUUCACGAUCUGCCCAAGGACACUUGGAAGAUUGAACUGCUGACCUUUAAACUAAGAGACAACUGACUCCAUCCAUAGUCUGUUUGUUGUUAGCAAACAAAGUGUGGAAAAGUAUGGAAAUAAAUUUGAUUUAUUUCCAGAUCUUAAAAAGUAUGGGAAAUGAAAAAUAAAGUACGGAAAAAUAUUCAUGUUUCCAGACUAUUAUCACAGUUCUAAAAUACUGUUUUCUACAAUAAAAAAGUAGGUAUUUCCAAAAAUUAUUCUUAAAAGUAGAGUAUUGAAAAGUAUGGAAACUCCAACUGUGUAGGAACCCUGUAUUAAGGCAGAAACUAGAUAGAUGUCUAGACCUAGGCACUUAGAAGCUGGACCUGCUAUCUUGACACAUUUCUUAGUACCCUUGACAAGUCAUACUUAGUAGUCUAAAGAUUUGGGCCAUUUGGAAUGGAGUUACCUCUGUUCAGCUGGUCCGACACCACCUUGACAAGGGUGACUCUAGAUUUUAAGAUGCAAAAAUCCUUCGUGCUGCGGAGCUCCUCUCUCAGGAUUUGCAGUUUGCAUUAAAAAUAUACAUAUGCAUAAGCUAUAACGUACUACUCUUUUUUUUUUUCAGUGACUGUGGGCGGUCAGUGUGGGCUGAGAAUGUACUGCUGUGUCUCCUGGCACAGAAUCAUUUGUAAUUAUAUAAUCAUGGUCAGAGUAUUUGGAUUUCUUUGAAGACUGGAGAUAUGGUGUAAACAGUGCUCAGCAGCAGAAUACAUUCCAACAGCUGUUUGUUAUGCACACUUAAUAGAUAAGAACCGUGUUAAUAUGGGAACAUAUACGUGCACAUAGACAAAGCACAGACAGUUUACAUUUUUUGUACAGGACCUUGAUUUAAUUUUUCGCUCGUCAUAUUGCAUGAGCUCCUUUUGACAUCUCCAAGGUUCAGGCUGCAUUCUUACCAGUCCUGUGGCCCCUUUUUUGUUUUAAUGUGAAAUCUGUUGCAAUCAGAGGGCUUUUCCCGGCAGGCCAGGAUGUGAAAGACAUAAUUUUGCUUUUACAGCAAAGUAUUGUUGGAUAUUAAAGAGGCCAAACCCCCACAUCUCCCUAUUCUAGGAUCCCUGAGCUCAUCCAUCAUAAAGAGAAAUGCCAGGGCACUGGGAGUUCAGCUCUUAGCUGCCAUUUCUCUUUUUCUGUUUAUUUCUUUUACUUUAACAGUUUCCAAAGACACUCUCCGUCUCUGUCCAACAGGCUUCCUCUCUGUUCAACACCUUAACCACAUACAACCACAUUUAUAUACAUACACACAUAUACACCAACUUAUAUGGCACCUUACAUUUACCGCUGCCUUUCCCCUUCACUUAACCUCUAAAUGCAGAUUCUAACAUCCUCAGACAGUUUCCAUACAUGGAUGCAGUGAGAGUAGAAGCUCUGUGAUACCUUUUAACCUGAUAAUGGUAGAAACCUGCAAUAUUUGGACAUGCUGUGGAAGCCAGGUUUGUAAUUUAUAACUGCUGCAAAGAACCAUCAGAGUUCGGUUUGUGUAAAUGCCGUGACUCUGUACGUUUGCUGAAGUAUUUUCAUUGAGUUGAUACGUUUCUCAGUUUGGUUUCCAGGAUGUCUGUGUAUCCUACAGCUUUUUCAUAAUCAGUGAUCUGUAGAUGUACUUACAAAGACUUAGAUUUGCAGAGUUCUCGUCCACAGACACAUGACCUUCACUGUCUAAUAAAAGGGGGUCUUGUCUCAUACUUCCAUUCAAAAACCAGAUGUUAGCAGAAUAUGUGUCCAUGUAAAGGGUUAAACGCAGGAAGUCGAUUUGGGUCUUAAUCUCUGUGUAGUGUUUGUUCUUCACUAACAAAAACAGUAUAAUAGACCAGACCUUUGGGGAUUUGUGUCUGCUGAAUCUUAUAACCAACGAUGAUUAAUCCUCUUUCAUUUGCAAAGCUCGACUUUUGUCUGCAGAGGAAUUUCACCUCGGCUCCAACAUUGCAUGUGCAGUACCCCUGCCCGCUGCCUGUUUGUUUGAGUUAGCAAUAGUGCUGGGGCACACACACACACACACACACACACACACACACACACACACACACACACACACACACACACACACACACACACACGCUCCCUUACACUCGCACACAAAUGAUCUCUAAAUAAGUGUUCGCCUCUCAUAAAUCACCUUCUCCAUAGCUCAGUGACACACACAUCCACAGUGAAACACACACACACUGCGCCACCACACACACUGCAGAGAAAAAUAGCUCCUUGAUUAACUUCACCAGAGUGCAUUAGAGGCAGAAAUGCUCACUUGGACCACAGAGUAGGCUUCCUUAAAGAGACCGUUUUUCUCUUGGCAACAAAGAUAACUUCUUGGCCCAGUGAGCAUGUAGCUCGAGAUAUCUGAUGGCUGAUGGUCCUGGUUAUUAAUCCAGUUAUCACAUGCAAACUGCAGAAUAAAGCAGGAAAAAGCGAGUGAAGCAACAAAAUCAGUUUAAGAGUCACUGUAAUUGGACUGUGAGUUUAGCCCACUCAGUGGAGUAGAUGCUCCAGAGGUUAUACAGUCCGUGUUGCACUGGGGUGGGACCAGUUCUUGCUCCCAGUAAUUAUAUGUGCAUCUUAUAUCCUUGCCCUCUCCAGGAAUAUCAUUGAAGUAUGUUGGUAUUCUGGAUGAGACAGUUGGGUCAUCUGAAGAGAAUGAUAGAAAGAGCUGGCUGUCAUCUGCAUAGCAGUGAUACGAGAAUCCAUGAGAUUAGAUUAUUGCUCUGAGUGAGAUGUUAUACAUCGAGAAAAGUAGGGGUUCAAGCACUGGCCCCUGAGGGGCCCCUGUUGAUUGGCAAUGUGGUUUGGACACUCCAUGUGUAUUCUAAAAGAUCCUCUUUUGAGGUUGGACAAAAACGAAUGAAGAGCAGAUCCAGAGUUAGCAUGUUUGAUGAGUUGGAGAGGAGGGUUUGAUGGUUCACUGUGUCAAACGUAGCAGACAGAUCCAGCACUGGGAAAACCAAUUACUGACAAGCAGCUUUAGCCAAAUAGCUCUGUUACUGAUAGAGGAGCUGUAUCAGUGUCCCUGUCUAAAGCCAGACUGAUGUGGAUCAAACAGGUUGUUGUUGUGCAAGAACUCGGAAACCUGAUCAAACGUGCACUCUAGAAUUUUUGAUAAAAAGGCAGAAGUGAAAAUGGCUCAUAGUUAUCAACCUGGGUUGGGUUGAGAGUGGGUUUCUUAGGCAGUGGGGUGACCAGAGCUUGUUUAUAUCCUGUGGGGAAAACCACAGGAUGGUUUAGUUUAUAGUGUGGGAAACUGCAGAAUUGAGUGUGGGUAGAAUGGUAAGCAAGAGGUGGACGUUACCUCCAAAAACCAUUGUCUCUGAGCACAGUUUGUUAUUGCAUGUUUAUUUUGUACCAUACAAAGAGGAGACCACAUAUCAAGAUAUGAAAAUGGACUAAGGCAAAAUGAAAAACUGUCAGUGUCAGGUGGUCUGACAAAUAAAAAUUUGAUGUCCUUUUUCAGGAAUUGUGGAUGCCACUUCCUCCACUCUAAAGAGGAAAGGGAUCACUCAGCUUGUGAACAGCUCUCAUUUUAAAAGCUGGCAUCUAUGAUAGCUUCUUUAUAUUGUACAUGAUUAACGCUGCAUUAUAUAUAGAGCUUUUGGAGUAAUGCAUGCCACCCUGUAGACAACACCAUUUUCAGGAGAGACCUUCCAUAAAGUUACUUUUUAACGUUUUACAACAGCAUGGACCGGCAGUAAAAGAGUCUGAGUGCUAAACUGGCCUGCCUGCAGUCCUGACUUGUUACCUGUUGAGAGCAUUUAGGGAGUUAUUGAACCAAAAAAAAAAGAAAAAGGAAUGGCUGACAUCCUCCAUCAAGCAAGAAUGAUACAACAUUUUACUCUUAGUCCCUAUUCUUGGGAAAUAAUUGACUGUUUCUUUUCCCUUUUUUGCAGCGAUAGCAGCAGAGUCAUCUCUAGCCUGUGCACUCCCCUCUUUAAUGCAUAGACACACACUCACUUCCUCAUAUACUUACUCACUUGUGCUAGAAGUUGCUAGACUCACACUCACACGCACUCACAUCUCUCUCUCUCUCGCACAUAAACACACACUGGUGGUGUAAUGGUGUAACGUGCAGCUGAUCUGACAGCUUGUGCCGGAGGAACUCAGCGGCCACCUGCGCUGCGAGAUGCCUCCUGCUGCGUGUGGGAAGGAGUGUGAGAGUGCGUGUGUGUGUGUUUGUGUGAUACACUCCCUGACUCACAGCACUGGUGGUAUUCAUGAUGUCAUUACUGGCCUGGGGUCAGACUGGGGUGUGCUGUUCGGAGGGCCUCGCCAUGUGCUUAUGUCACAUCACUAAUCCUUAGCUUGUUUGUGAAUGUGUGUGUGUGCGUGUGAGGUUUUACUACCAUCCUACCUCUGCUGUGGCCUCGUGCCCUCCUCUCUGGGCUUUGUGCAGGGGCUUAUUGUUAGUGUUCUGUGGUUUCUUACUCACUCUGGGCCCCAGUGUUGCUUCAAUACACACAGACACACACACAGACACACACACACACAAAUAUAUAUAUGCAGGCAUAUGAACACAAUCAAGUGUUUGGUUACAGUGAUGCACUGGCCAAACAUGUACAUUAUAAGUCAACACCUGAGGCGAGGAAACAUUCCUUAUUGAGAGGAUGAAUGCGUCACAUUACCCAUAAAGCACCUGUUAAUCCUCAGAAUUCCCCUACAUCAUUAGCCCUAUGCCGUCUGCCCAUGACCACACCAAGUGCAGAAAAAGUCAGCCCGAUUCUAACUAGAUUUUCAGUGCAGUUCAGCGUAGUGGCCAGUAGAGGGCAGGGCAGAGUCAAGAUCCACUCAGUGAAAAAAGGGAGCAUUUUCAUAAGCUUUCUUGUGUACUUGCUUGUGUUUGAUUUAAUCUAAAGAUGCAAGGGCUGUUUAUUUACCUAAUGGCGUUCGCGUGAUAUUUCAGAGUUACGUGUCAGACAAGGGCUUGAGCUCACAUUACUGGAAUGAUAAUAGCAGCUUUCCUCAAUCCAGGGGCAGGAUGAAGGGGGGGCAGGGGGAUAACUUCCCCUCCUCGACCCUCUCCUCUCCUCUCCUCUUCCUCCACGAUUCCCUUCUCUCUCUCAGCACAUGGAUGCUGGAGUCCCCGUGAUGUUUUCCAGAUGCCUCAGCUCAGGGAGCACAUUGACAAAAACCUACCUCUCCUCCUACAAAUGCUUUCUUUUGCCAUCUCUCUCAGUCCUUCGUACACACUCACUCUCUCUUUCUCGGACCCUCAUGCACACACUCACUCACUCGCUCUCCCUGUCAGCUUACUGUCUUGUUAAAGAGACACUUCCUUGGCCCAGCAGACUUCCUUUGUAUAAUCCUGUAAAACUCUGGCUCAGUCUCUGGACACAUGGUCCGAUUUGGGUGAUGGUCUCUAUAAGUACAUCUGAGUGUGUUAUAAACUGUAAACAUGCACAUUGUAAACAGUGCUAGCCUAGGUCCAUAUAUAGCUUUUCGUGUGCACAGGCCUGUGUGUGGCAUUUGUGUCCGUACAGAUCUUGACCUGCUUGAUUAGCCAUAAGCCAGCCUCUGCCCUCUCCACUUCCCUCCUGCCCUAAGAGAAGUUCAAGCCCAUAAAAGAACUCACACAAACGCACAUACGGUGAAACCCCACUGUGGCUGCCAGGCUUAAUCUCAGCCCUCAUUUUGGGGUUAAAUGACCUCAGGCAGCGGAAUAACCCCGUCAUAGCUGCUCUGCGGGCGGCUGCCUCAUGCAUGUUCAGCCUGCCAUCAUGUUGAUGGUAAAUGAGAUGAAAACAUAUGUCCAAAGCCGCCUCCUUCAUCCAAAGAGCACGCAUAGACCCCGUCGUGAAAGCAAACAGACAGAGGAUGGUGACGGUGGUGGUAGUCUCUCCAUGUGCCGCCCUUAGUCACCGUUUUCAUGAUGCAAAAUACAUAUGUUUGAUUUGACUUUUAUACCAAAGCAAUGGCUACAUCAAAUUGUCUGGGAUUAUUAUUAAAAGGAAGUUCAACUGAUUUUAUGCAUCAAGACCAGUUUUGUGAUAUUGUCUAGACUCUUUAUUCACAGAAACCCUUUAUUUACAACAAAACAGAGGUGAACAAUUAUGAGGACUUGUAGCAUUCAUAAAUCGCAGCAAUUGUAACUCAACAUGUAUUGUGUUAUGUUAUAAGAUUGACAGCCCAAGGCAAGUCCCCCAUUUCUGGGAUACCAAAAGGUGUAAGUGCUUGCAUUAGAGUGAAUGUAGGAACCAGUGCCAAAUAUGUGUCGAAAAAAAAAAAACCUACUACUACCUCGUAUAUUUACAUUUUAGCUAAAUUCUCUUAGUUUUAAUGAAAAUACAGUGUUCCUCUUGCUGACACUCUAAGGCCACAUGUGUGGAUGCAAGCAACUGAGCUUCUCACCCUAGCUUUACCUGGACAUUUCCUGCUAACCCUUGAGUAAAAUGUUCACAGCAUGUCAGAGGGAGCUCCAGCAGGUAAAAGUCUGGACGAUUCAUCACCACGGAGUCAGUGGAGUGACGACGUUGUUCAUGUUAAGCAGAGUUUUACUCAUUACUCUUUACUGCUCGCCACAGUUGUGCCAAUUUAUGGUUUUCAGCUGUUGUUGUGUUUGUGUAAUUUUUUUUGUGUUGUGUAAUAAUAACACAAAACAGUCACCAUAAUGGAACAUUACUCCUCCUCUUCCUGCAUGGGCAUGUCAGCCCUCCCCCUCUCACCUAAACCAGAGUAUACUAAGUGGUGAAAGACUGCAGAAAUCUCUUGCAGUUGUGUAAAUCAGGCUUUUGUAACAUGUUCUUUAUUAACAUUAAUCCCUUUGUUUUAUGUUGUUUGAUGUCCAUCUCUCUCUUGCUCCUUCUCUUGCAGGGCGCCUUGACAAACGAACGGGACUAUGAGAGCGUGGUGAUGAUGAAGAUGAGGCAGGCUGCUGAGCGUCAAAAACUCAUAGAACAAAUGCAGAGGGAAGAUGAGGAAGACGGGAAGUCAUAGCACAGCUGGACCACACUUGGAACCAGCCUGCAAUUAUUCAAUCGGCUUUAGUUUCAUGAAGCCUCUCCAGUGUUGUAUUAUUUUUUUAUGCUUUACACUGUGUGACCAAAUAAAUCUUUUUGAUGGUUACAAAAUACUUUUCUUUGCCAUCCAUGGUUUUAAUCAGUGUGUUUUGUCUUUUUUUGAUUGAGAAUGUAGGAGGAGUGAAGGAGAGACAGAGUAGGGAGGAAGUGUACUGCAGCAUCAGUGAGCAUAGACUGUAUAUACUAUGGACAACUUGGCCCCGUCUUUUGUCUUUGUACGAAUUUGAAGCCGAAUUGAACUCGGUAUUUACGGGAUUUUCUCCACUUCCUGGAACCACCACUCGCGCUGUAGCGUUGUGCGCAUUCGGUCGCUGAGAGUCGCUGUGAUGACACUCAGCUCAAACAGUGUAUCGCCCAGGUGAGCUAUGCAAUCUUUGUCCGCCUAUAGGCUUUAUCAAGUGUCAAUCAAAGAAAACAUAAACCCCCUGAUAACUUUUACAAAUAGAGCUGCACAGAAAAAAAGAGGACAAGAGCACAAACCAGUCUUACAGUAACUACAUGUCAACAUCACAAGCAGCGGGGAAAAAAAUGUAUACCCUGUGUAAUAAACUUCUUAAGUUUGUACACCGCUUCAUAGGUGUGCAGGAGGGAGCGAGAUUUAUGACCUGUCCUGCAGCCGGUCACCAGAGGGUGCUGUUCUCACGGUGGCUUCAUCCAGCCAGGAGGCAGACGGUGUCUAUUCUCUAUACAGUCUAUGUCAGUCAGUCAGAGGUAUGACUCCUAAUACUCCGCUUAUAUUAAUAAAUCAAAACAACACUUUCUCCUUCGACAGCAUUUUUAAGAUAAUGAGUACACAACAUGACUAACUGUUGGAAUUCCCUGUUUCCAAGAGACAGAAUUACUACAGUCAAUGAUGACAGUUUUAAAAGCCUGCAUCACAGCUCGGCGCUGCAACCAAUGUUGACAAAUAAUAAACAACAGACAAUCAACUGUGAUGUUAUAUUGCUUUUAGUAUAUUGAAUCUAACUUGAUGCUUAAUUUUGAAUAUGUACAUUGAUCAAAUCAGAUUUUCAUUUCAUUAAGACUCCAACUUUAAUAAAAGUUAGAAACAA